AUGACACUAUAUUAUAGCCCCGGCUGGGCGAAUCUCUUUCUGCUUGUUACUGUUAUCAUUGCAUCUUACAUUCUAGGUAUUGUGGCAUAUCGCCUGUAUCUGAGUCCUCUGGCCAGAAUCCCGGGCCCGAAGCUUGCUGCUUUAACGACAUGGUAUAAUGCCUAUCACGAUUUGUGGCGAGGGGGCCAAUAUGUCUGGGUCGUAGAAGAGAUGCAUCGCAAGUAUGGUCCUAUCGUACGAGUAAGACCAGAUGUCAUUCAUAUAAAUGACCCGGCCUUCAUCGAGAAGCUAUAUACGCAAUCUCCCAAGCAUCGCCGGGAGAAAUACUGGACUACACUCCAGACCCUUUACUCUCUGAGAUCAAUUCUUGCCACCCAAGAUCAUGACCUUCAUCGGAGGCGCAGAGCAGCCCUCAACCCGUUCUUCUCACAACAGAACGUACGGCGCCUGGACCCUAUUAUCAGUGACACUUUUGCAAACUUACUUCGUAGAAUGGGUGGGUGGGCUGUAGUCGGAUCGCCUGUGCGGAUGAGCAUUCCAUCCAGGGCCGCAGUAAAAGACGUAAUCCAAGCUUGUGCAUUUGGCGAAGGCGAAAAGUGUCUCGAAAUGGAAGACUGCAGCAGCGGAUUCUUUGAUUUAAGUAGUUAUACCGGCGCGAAUAGCUCAUCUUGGAACCCAUUGCUUUUGGCUCAGCUCGGCUAUGGCCAAUGCGCCUCCAACUAUCAUGAUAACUCUGGUGCCCCGAGUUGCGAUCUUUGCAAGGUUUGUCGAGGGGUUGGCGGCCCAAGUAGAGGAGGUGGGAGCCGCCGGCAAGACCACACGUGUCCUGGUGAAGGUCUCGUUUACGAAGCUCUAGAUGGCAAAUUUUGUGUCAUUCCGGCCGGCACGGCCAUGGGCAUGUGGGUACCCAUUCUGAACCGUACCCCGGACUUAUACGGCCAACCAAAUCUGUUCAGACCUGAGCGCUACCUGGAGAACCCGAAGCUUUCAAAAUAUUUGAUGUCGUUUUCUAAAGGGGGAAGACAAUGCCUUGGAAUGGGCCUUGCCUACCAGGAACUAUACACUUUCACUGCUGGCCUCGUCCGCCGGUACAACAUCUACGACCCUAGCAAGAAGCACCAAGAUGGCCCUACACUAGAGCUAUACCAGACUAUAAGAGAAGAUAUAGCGAUGCAUGCGGACCAUAUAGUCAUGCCACCGCGUGAGGGAAGCCCAGGCCUAAGAGUCAUCACUCGAAGUUGA